AUGCCAUUUGGACUCACUAAUGUUCCAACAACAUUUUGCAUGCUCAUCAACAAGGUGCUACAAUUAUUUCUUGAUUGUUUUGUUAUGGUUUAUGUUGAUGAUAUUGCGAUUUAUAACCAGACAUUGAUGGAGCAUGUAGACCACUUGAAACAUGUGUUCGAACUAUUGUGGUUGAAGCAAGUAGUGAUAGAGAAGCCAGUUUUAGCCUUACCAGACCAUGCCAAAUCGUAUGAGCAUGGGAAGCUCUAUAGGGAGGUUAUGCAGGAGUACCAUGAUUCCACGUAUGCUAGUCACCCAAAGCCACACUUGAGAGAUGAUGUUAAGGCCUAUGUGAAAACCUAUCAUGUAUGCCAACAGGACAAGAUAGAGCUUAAGCCACUAGCUGGUCUAUUGAAGCCUUUCCCCAUACCAAAACAACCAUGGAAAGCAUCACUCUAG